GCGUUUGGCGAGGGAAGUGCCACCGUGUCCAAAGUGAGCAUACGUUACUUGAGUCUGUAGACGUCUUGUUUACAGUGGUUGUGCCAGGCCCGUGAAGUCGUGUGGCCAGCAACGUGUUACGGUUUUAUUGCUCACAUUUAUUCUUUCGUUACAAGGGUCAUUAUAUGAAACCUCCAAUCUGGAUCGAGGCGGUAGCAACAGGAAGAAGAAGAUAGAGGAAUUCUCUAGGUCUUCUCGGGAGAAACUAGUCCAGUCGAAGAACAAAAUGUUCUCCAAAUUUACGUCCAUUCUCCAGCAUGCCGUGGAAGCGCUUGCCCCAUCGCUGCCCCUGCAGGAGGACUUUGUCUAUCACUGGAAGGCCAUUACACAUUAUUACAUUGAGACUUCUGAUGACAAAGCUCCAGUCACAGACACCAACAUCCCAUCUCACCUGGAACAGAUGCUGGACAUCCUGACCCAGGAGGAAGGGGAAAGGGAGUCUGGAGAGACAGGACCCUGCAUGGAGUAUCUCCUACACCAUAAGAUCCUGGAGACUCUCUACACCUUGGGCAAGGCUGAUUGUCCUCCGGGGAUGAAGCAGCAGGUGCUUACCUUCUACACAAAGCUGCUAGCACAUAUUCGUCAGCCUCUCCUGCCGCACAUCAAUGUCCACAGACCCGUACAGAAACUGGUUCGUCUGUGUGGGGAGGUGCUGGCUGCUCCUACAGAAAAUGAAGAGAUUCAGUUCCUUUGUAUAGUCUGUGCCAAACUGAAGCAGGACCCAUACCUCGUCAACUUCUUCCUUGAGAACAAGUUGAAGAGACCAGAGACCAAGAGUCCUGAAAGAGCAGGGGAGGUAAAGGAGGAUGUUUUGGCUCCAGACACUGGUCAGUCUCCAGCAGGGGAACAGGCUGACUGCCCAGAGGAGCCACAGGCUGCUGCUGCUGCUGCUGCCGCCUCCACCUCUAGUCCAACAAGCAACAACAAUAACAACAGCAAUUACAAUCUUGUCACCUCCCUGCUCAACCUCACAAAGAGCCCUGAUGGCCGAAUAGUGGUGAAGGCGUGUGAAGGCCUGAUGUUGUUGGUCAGUUUACCAGAGCCGGCUGCUGCCAAGUGUUUAACUGAAAACACCGAGCUCUGUGAGCUUCUGACUGACAGGCUGGUCUCCUUCUAUAAAGCCCUGCCACAGUCCAUGGACCCCUUGGACAUUGAGACAGUGGAGUCGGUCAACUGGGGGCUCGAUGUAUAUAACCUGAAGGAAGACGCUGCUGUCUUUACAGGGAAGAGGGCUCUCAUCUCCUUCCUGUCGUGGCUAGAUUACUGUGACCAACUAAUCAAGGAGGCUCACAAGUCAGCAGCUGUAGUGAUGGCAAAAGCAGUGAGAGAGAGAUUCUUUGUGUCUGUGAUGGAGCCACAGCUUAUGCAGACGUCUGAGGUGGGCAUCCUGACCUCCACAGCCCUGCUGAACAGGAUCAUCAGGCAGGUGACAUCAGAGGCUCUGCUGCAGGAGAUGGUUUACUUCCUGCUGGGGGAGGAGAGAGAGCCAGAGACUCCAGCCACUAUCGCUCAGAAUCCACUCAGACACAGACUGAUUGAGCACUGCGACCACCUGUCAGAUGAGAUCAGCAUCAUGACACUGCGGCUAUUUGAGCAGCUGAUCCAGAAGCCCAACCAGCACAUCCUCCACAGCUUGGUGCUGCGGAGCCUGGAGGAGAGGAACUACCUGGAGAACAAGCCGCAGGAGGAGCGGGAGCCCCUGGAGAACGGCCAGCCCCAUGAUGCUGUAGACCUUGAGGAGGAUCCACUGUUCGGUGACGACCUCUCUCCAGAGAACAGGUUGUCUGGUUCUGAUUGGCUCAGCUCCUCUCCACAGCAGAGUCCUGACCACGCUAAGUCUGACGGGAAGACAGAGGUCCACAAGAUUGUCAACAGUUUCCUGUGUUUGGUGCCUGAUGAGGCCAAGUCAUCGUAUCAUGUUGAAGGCACAGGGUAUGACACCUACCUCAGAGAUGCACACAGACAGUUCAGGGACUAUUGUGGGGUCUGCCAGCGGUGGGACUGGAGAGGAAAUCCAAAGCCUCUUGAGAAAUGUAACUUGGACAUUGCGUUCUUUGAAGGCCAUUUCCUCAAGGUUCUUUUCGACAGGAUGGGUCGCAUCCUCGAUCAGCCCUACGAUGUUAACCUGCAGGUGACCGCUGUGCUGUCCAAGCUGUCUUUGUUACCACACCCCCACUUGCACGAGUACCUGCUGGACCCUUAUAUCAGCCUGGCCCCUGGCUGCAGGUCUCUGUUCUCUGUCAUUGUCAGGGUGGUGGGAGAUCUCAUGUUGAGGAUUCAUCGCAUCCCAGACUUCACACCCAAACUGCUGCUCGUGAGGAAGAGAUUAUUAGGUCUAGAGCCAGAGGGCAUCAAUAUCGACCACAUGACUCUGCUGGAGGGGGUGAUCGUGCUAGAGGAGUUCUGCAAAGAGCUGGCAGCCAUCGCCUUUGUCAAAUACCAUGCAGCUGCGUCCUCCUCACCGUAAUCUUUCCUGCUGCUCAUCCAUCUGCCUCGGCCAGGCAGACAGGUCAUGAUAAAACUGGGCCUUUGGGGUGUGGUGCUACCGGUGGCACAGGGUCGGCAAAACAUUACCACUAAUUGCUCAUCCCUGCAAGACUGUUAAUGCCCACACCGAUGGGUUUCAUCACUCCCCCUCUUCUGGCCUCUCGGGCUCCACCAGAAAAAGUCUUUGGUCUUGUUUUUGAGCAGGUCAGAGCACAGACACUGCCCAGCCGGCAGGGGAAUAGGAGGAGGAGGAGGAGGGGCAGAGAGAUUUUCACUGGACUUUUUUCAGCCUCUGCAUUUUCUCUCACUGCCCCACCCCCUUCCAUCUUUCCUUCUCACCAGCCAAAAAAUGAAAGCCCUGUAAUUAUUAUGUCAAGGAGAAAAGAUGUUUGUGUAUUUAUUUCCUCUCCCAUUGUCACCCAUUUGUAAACGUCAUUGCCUUAGUGUGGUGUCACACCUUUCAGUUACAGAAAAUUGUUUCCUUUUGAAACAUUUUUAUCUUAACCCCUCACGUUGUCUGUUUGAAGACAAGAGGCUGCAGAGACCCACCCAGAGUCCACGACCCUCAGCCCUGUAGUUACAUGAAUAGUGAGCUGCAGUAUUUACGAUACUGCACUCAUUUUAAAUGCCAAGUCCUUUUAUUUAUUUGUUUGCUUUCAGGUUGCCUUUUUAACUAAUGUCAUAUUAAGAUGGAACGAAUUUAAAACAGUCAAAGUCAUGACUGACUAAGCGGAUGCUAUUUACUUUGUUUGUUUUCCUCGUCUUUCCUUCGUUUGUCUUUAAGUGCUUGUGCUGUCAAAGCUCAUCUGUAAUCACCGUCACCCAAAGACAUCACCAUCCAUCACAUUUUGCUCAAUGAAAUGGUGAAUUUUGCAAGUUAUGUGAAUUUGCACAUGGACCUCAUUACAUUGCACUUGUUACAUUAUUCAAGUUUCUUCAUGCUUUUAGUUUUUUUGGUUGGCGUUCAGGAAAUGUCAGGUUGGCAUUUAUGGAAAAAGAUACCUUGAUUUUGAUUCUGCUUAAGUUUUUGUUCCGAAAUGUCGUUCUACGGACACAGUGUUGCAUUUCUCACACAUCAGUAUUCGUUUUGUGUAAAAGACCAUGGUAGGGUGCAGAGGGAGAUAACCUUGAUUUUAUUUAAUUACAGCUGUGGUUUCUGGAUCAGAUUGUUGUAUUUAUUUGAAAUCAUCCAGUAAUUCACCAGAAAAAAAACAAAAAAUUAGAAGAAAGUCUAAAAAAAAAAAAACAUUUUUGCGGUGCACACCCCCAGUGACCCCCCAGUAAAUGAUGAUGAAAUAUACUCACGGUGCUGUGUAUUGCUGGAACAGGUUGUCGGGUUGCACGUUACCUGGAUAUCUCAGUCGGAAACUAUAAAUCUCAUCUCAUCUCACAGAUCAGAGAUUCCAGUUAGUCUAAAUUAAGAUGCUACUUUUUGUAACUUAGGUUCUCAUCUUAUGUUCCCAGUGUGAAUAUUUCCAUGAUUGGUGGGUUGGUAUGUUUGGCGACGAGCUUAUUUAGGUGUGUGUGACGACUUAAUGCGGUGGAGAAUGGGCAGAGUCGUUCAUUGAAGCCCCCACCCCCCUUUCUCUCUUCUGGUCCCACCUUUAACUCAUAUCACUCAAGCACCUAAGCUACAUUAUGCAACGGCUUGCAUGGAAUCAGAUUUGCACAUUGUCUUUCUUCAUCCUUGUUCAUAUUGUAAAUAUACACAACAAAAAGCUUUUGUUUGUUUGCUUUCCAAAUGUUUUGUUUCAUAAACCAAAAACAAAAUCUAGCCUGAACCAGGAGUAACAUUUCUAUUUUAAUGGGAAACUUUUUUUAAAUUGUCAAUCAUGCACAUUUUUUAAUCAACUAUCUUUCCAACUUUUUCUGUACAGUUGUAUAUUGUAUGUGUACAAUAGCAAUAGAGAUAUACUACCUGGUGUAAAUGCAUGCUUAUACAUUAUUUUUCUUUGUUUAAAGAAAGGAGAAAAAAAAGGCAGUCCAGCCAUCUGUGAUGAUUUCUUAGCUGUCAGCACUUUGUUCUGACAGGGAGAUAUGAUGCCUUACUUCACACUGUGGAUCUCUGAGGACUCCUAGAAUCGAUGUGUAAGGGGUUUCUGCUUCACUACAGUUUGUUGUGAUCUUAUUAUGCUUCUCUUGUGUUACAUAGACUUUAUUUGGUUCGUGAAGAUGUACAGGACUCUCGGUAUAGUCAAAAAAUCUGAUGCCAACUGAUUUCUUUCCUUGUGUCGGCUUAGACCAAUCACUGUAUCAUUGUGCUGCAUUUCAUCACGUUCAUCGCUUCUUUCCUCUGGUGUGAAACGGGAUGAGUCUCAUUACACUUCUUCUAUCUCAUGGCCAGUUUGAUUAUGUGAUUGUGCAAUGCAUAACUGAAACAUUAAGGUAAUGUGCAUGCUCACUCCUCCUGCCUCCCAGUGCUUCACAGAGUAAUAAGAAGCGAUCACUGCAGUUCAUUUAUUCCUCAUCAGCCGUCUUCAUUUCAUCACUGCUGUUAUACACAUGUAUUAGGUCUCAUUCAGGACAAUAUGGUUUUGUUUAACAUUCUCCGUCCCAAUUAAAAAAAAAAAAAAAAGCUCUCCAGCAGAUGUGGUCAUUCUUUGAACAGUUCACUGUGUUUUAUCUUGUUUUUUAUUACAAAAUGUCUGUACAACAAAACAAAAAUACACAAAAUAACCACUUCUUUCAGUGACAAGGUGAAAACCACAAAUUCUGUUCAAUCUCCUUUUAAAAAAAAAAUCUUUCCUCUCAACCACCAGAUAAAAUGGGACAAUUGAAAGUC